AUGGCACCUACUUCAAUCUUCCGCGUUAGCUCUGCCCUUAACGCUAUACUCCUCACCUGCAUCAUCCUCAAGCAUGUUGCGUUGGGCGUCGCGCAUUCUACAAUGCGCAAUGCUUGCAUGGUCGUUCUCAUGCCCUUCAUGUUCUUCCACAUUGCCAUCAUCGAAGGCUGA